CUGCAAUCCAGCCCCUCCCCUUUUAUGGGCGUGGUUGCUCUCAAUAACUUUAUUUUUGAGUUUUCUGCUGCUUCUCCAACACCACAAUGACACUGUACUAUGCAGCCUCUCGUCGCUCAUCUGAUGUGGGCCACUCAGCAGGCAGACCAAGGCAUAGGGCGGACCAGGGAUCUAAGGAAGGAGAUGAGAUGAUCAUGUCGGAGGUCUCCAUCGAUGCAGAGUGGAAACGCAUCCAAAAGAAGACUUUCACCAGGUGGUGCAAUGAACAUCUAAAGAAACAGGGAGUUAUGAUUGACGACCUAGCCACUGACUUUGGGACCGGCAUCAACCUGAUUGUCUUGCUGGAGAUGCUCUCUCAGAGAAAGGUGGGACGGUACAACAAGAAGCCGCGAGUGCAUGCCCAACGUAUGGAGAACAUUGAGGCUGCUCUUGACUUCAUCACCAAGAAGGAGAAGAUUAGACUGGUGAAUAUUGGCAGUGGAGACAUUGUGGAUGGGAACAUCAAGCUGAUUCUGGGGCUGGUGUGGACACUCAUUCUGCAUUAUCAGAUCAGUAUCGGAUUUGGUCUGGAGGAUGACGGGACAGGGAAAAAAGAUGGCAUGACUCCCAAGCAGGCCCUCCUCAACUGGCUACAGCAAAAGCUUCCUGACAAGAAGGUGACCAACUUCACAUCUGACUGGAAUGAUGGCACCCUGGUGGGAGCACUGGUGGACGCCAUGGCACCUGGUCUUUGCCCUGAGCACGAAGCUAUGAAUCCCAACAAUGCCCUCCACAAUGCCACCCAUGCCAUGAAACUAGGAGAAGACUGGUUGGAUGUACCUCAGUUGCUAGGGCCUGAGGACAUGGUGAACCCUCACGUUGACGAGCUAAGCAUGAUGACCUACCUUUCCCAGUUCCCCGAGGCCCAACUCAAACCAGGAGCACCCAUCAAGACUAGGGGGGACCCAGGAAAGGUCAAAGUGUAUGGACCUGGUGUGGAGAAGGAAGGAUUGGACUCAGACAUGCCAUCGGCAGACUUUGUGGUUGAUACCUCCGAGGCAGGUGGUGUGGGAGGAGUAACAGCAUCUUGCGAGGGACCCAAUGGACCAGUACCUGUGGCCGUCACUGAUAACGGAGACGGUACCUACAGCUGCGCAUACGAACCCAAAGACGUUGGAGAGUACGAGGUGAAGGUAAACUACAACGGAAAGCCAGCUGGAGACUCCCCAUUCAAAGUCAAUGUAGCACCUGGAGCCAGUGUGCCCAAGCCGAGUGAAGUACGUGCCUACGGGCCAGGACUCGAGAAAUCCACUCCACAAGAGACUGCCGAGUUUACGGUUGAUGCAAGUAAUGCUGGAGUGGGGGAUAUCGGACUAGCUAUCAGCGGGCCGGCCGAGGUUGCGGUAGAGUGCACAGACAAUGGAGACGGAACUUUCCACUGCACAUACGUUGCUCCACGCCCUGGGGUGUACAAUAUCGAUAUCAAGUUUGCGGAUGAAGACGUCCCAGGAAGUCCAUUUCAAGUCCCGUGUGAAAGACCUCCCCCCGAUGCUUCGAAAUGCAUCAUUUCUGGCUUGGAGAAUCCUGGAGGGUUCCAAGUUGACUGUGCAAAUGCCGGUGGAUCUGGUUUGCUUGAAGUGGGAGUUUGUGGUGCCUACAUCCCGUGUGAGUACGUCUCAGUGAAGCAUAACGGAGACUUCAUGUUCGACGUUUCGUACGACAUUCGAGAACCUGGAGAAACAACCAUCAGCGUUCAGUGGCAUGGACAGCACUUGUCAGGGAGCCCAUUCACCGUGACUAUCGGAGAAGGAGAGGUUUAAAAACUGGUUGUCAGUAGCUAUAGGUCUUAUGAUCAUUUUCAAACCAUAUUUGUUUUUAGGAUUUACUGAUCUCGUGGACAGACUUCGAUAUUUAGCGGCACAAAUUAAUGUUUUCUUGUAUAUUAUAUAAAUUAGCACAGUAUUCAACAUUCUGUGAUGAUAUCAUUUCACUUCAAAAAUUUAAA